GCUUGACUGCGCCUGGCAUCCUCGGCCGCUGAGUGAGGGGGCGCUCCUUGUGCUCCUGAUGGCUGGACGAUUUCUUCCUCUUCUUCGGAGAAAACUGUGUCCGAAUUAAAGAUGCAGUUCAUGCUUCUGUUCAGCAGGCAGGGCAAGCUGCGGCUGCAGAAGUGGUACGUGCCCCUGUCGGACAAGGAGAAGAAGAAGAUCACCAGGGAGCUGGUGCAGACCAUCCUGGCCCGCAAGGCCAAAAUGUGCAGCUUCCUGGAGUGGAGAGACCUCAAGAUUGUCUACAAGAGGUACGCCAGCUUGUACUUCUGCUGCGCCAUCGAGGAGCAGGACAACGAGCUGAUCACGCUGGAGAUCAUCCACAGAUACGUGGAGCUGCUGGACAAAUACUUCGGCAGCGUGUGCGAGCUGGACAUCAUCUUCAACUUUGAGAAGGCCUACUUCAUCCUGGACGAGUUCCUGCUGGGCGGCGAAGCCCAGGAGACGUCCAAGAAGAACGUGCUGAAGGCCAUCGAGCAGGGCGACCUGCUGCAGGAGAAGCAGAGCGACGACUGGGGCGCUUUGCCCAGUGACGAGCUGUUGUAACGGGCCACCUCACGCGGGUAAAUACUGGUGUGAAAUCGCCGCCGUGCACCUGCAUGCUUGACGGGCAUGAGUUGGUCCACAACUAGGCUACUCACAAAAAAAAAAAGUGUUGGUUUAUUUGGCUUUUGGGUGAAUUUGAAAUGCACUAUAACCUUGACAGCUCAACUCAAUUUGACCUUCUCUAAACUUGGAGACGCACAUCCAAACGUUCGACGUUUCAGUACUUACGACUGUUCUGAACGGUAAAAAUCACAGCAGGUGUUUCCUCGGACGUCCACUUCUUUGCCUUUGUGUGACUCUUCCAGUCUAUCCUGUGCAACCUUGCCGAUGACACUCUGUGGCACUCGAAGCUCAGUGGCCACUUUCUGUUUGAAAGCUUGCACUGCCGAGAUACUUUUCAGUCGCUUGUAAAUUGGAAGUAGUAUUUAAGAUGCUUUAAGGUAGAGAUUGACUGAAAUGUUUUUUGUCUUUCUUUUUCUUUUCCAGGGCCAAUACUGAUUAUUUAGUAGUCAAUGAGGUUGAUAAGCAAUAUUUGGAGCCGUUAUUCAUUUGCUGAAAAAGCAAAACGAUUGUCAUCAAAACUUUGACUAAUACAAACUAGCACUUCGUUUAAAUGCCUUUAAGCAUAUCUUUAUAAAACAGCUUUUCAGAUUGGCAACAUGUUGAAGUUUUUUGUUUUUUUUUUGUAUCAUGGACGAUAGAUAUCUUUCUUUUAAAAUUCUAAAAAAAAAAAAAAAAAAGAUUCUGGGAGCUCCCAGGCUCAGCAGCAUGUCUUAUAAAGUGAAAUUAAUACUUCAACAAAUGAACAGCGGCUUCAAAUUUUCUAUAGUAAAUAAUGUUUUUUCAAAAUGUAUCUUAACUGAAAUGUUAAUCUUUCACUUAUUUAUAAUCCUUGUUUUAAGUUCAAACAACAAAAAAAGUGCAGGUACUUCCGACUGUUAAAGUGAACUGAAAAUGCAAAUAAGUAAAUAAAUAGUUUCCUGACGUUUACCCAGUUUUAAAUUGAUCUCGUGUAUAAAGGCCAAUGCCAAUAUGCGUCAAAAUGCCGACUUGUGAGAAAAGUUCUUCCACAAAGCCGAUGAUGGAAGUUUGGAUUGCUGUCGGUCUUCGCGAUCGUCUCUGUCCAACUAUUCACGAGAUCCACCGGGCUUGAUUCUCCUCGGCCGCACGUCCUGCUGGCUUUUGUCAUCGUUUUCGGUUCAGGUCAGCGGUCGUCAAAUCACUUUCUGCCACCCCGAAGUACCCUGGCGCCUAUUGUUUUACAAACAUUAUGAAAAGGCCUAUUAGCCUGCUCGUUCCUAUGCGUGUGCAACUAUAGUAGCGCCAUUGUUGAAUGUAGUGUAUUACAGCCCAGAGUAUCAUAAACAUGCAAUCACUCUUCACCCUACUAUAAAUAUACAAUAUUGAAAUAAUGAGAAUCAUUGUUGUGCUAACAGACAUACAGUCACGCUCAGUUCAGACUGAGAACUCGUUCUAAUAUUUUUGAUGCCUUAAAUGCUUUGUUGAGUUCAGUUUUAGCGAUUCUCACAGCGCGGUAAUUACACCGCUAACAUACCUCGGCGGCUUUAGACAAAGCUAUUUUUCAUAAUCAGCCCUCAGUGGAACAUUUGUCAAGCGAGCGGUCAUUAGUUUGGUGCCAGCAAGCAGGUCUUUGUUUGCAAUAAGGACCGCCCCAGAAGGGUUCUUCUGCAGAGACGGUGAAGAGUUAGUGGAUGCAUCUUAUUGCUUAUUUUGGUUAUCAAACUGUUUGAC